AAGACGUGAAUAGCUCCGUGGGUAUUCCGUCAUAAUGCAUGCCUUGCGGAAAGGGGGUGAUGGGAUCCAUCAACGCCGUGACUGCUGGAAUCACCCGAAUAUUGGUGCGACAGCUGCGGAGCAUGACGGGUCGAGGGCCGUAAACGCUGCAAAAUUCAAGUGCAUACGACCUAUCCACGGCACGGCAGAUCGGACAAUGCUGGGCAGGCAGACGAGCCGUGGGUGCAUCUAAAGAUCAGAAUAUCAUGCUGAUCCCCAUCUCAAGACAAAGGUAUGUAGGUACACAACCUUCGUUGUGAAUUGCUAGCGCAAAGGGCGGCCCAAGAAGCGCAGAACUCGCAAAGUAGCUCUCCCAGCUUAUGAUAGCAUAUCAAAUUGCCCCAGGGGAUCCAGGCUUGACGUAUUCUGUCGCCUGGUUUUUGGGUAAAUGGAACGUGGAUUCGCCUGCUGAACAAGGAGGGUUGUCGUCUGAGACAUUUGGCCGCGCCUGGGACGAGAUUGGAUCUGGUUGCCUUCUGUGCACCCCGGAUUUGGAGACAGCAAGAAAGCCCCUAGGCAUGUGGUUCGCAUUUUCGCCAGCCAGCGAUAUCGGGCCUCAAGGCAUUCCUCCAAAUCAUGUCAACUUCACCUCGACGAGCAGAGGCGUCAUCCAACCAUCGAAGGGAGAAAUCCAGACAGCCCUGGCAAAUGGGAGAGGGUCUUCAAGAAAUGCAAGCACACGUGCCGGAGAGCCUUGGGGUGGAGUUGGGCCGAAGCCACCAGCGAAUGGCGGCUUGACACAACUCAGGGCUGCCACGGUCCGUCCAAUACAGAUGGGCCUGCAUAGGCUCGACAAGCAACACAGCAAAGACUCAAUCUGCUCCCUGGAUAGCGCCUGGCUCAAGCCCGGAUCAAAACGGCCUUCCACUUCCAGGGCCGAGCUUCGUGCGCUGUUCAAUUGGGAUUUGACGAGGAUGACUUGGCUCGCCAGGUUGAGGUUGGGCGCCAGGACAGAUUACCGGGAAGCUUCGCUCACGACUCUGGGAAAAUUGAUGAUCCGGGGCGCCCACAAGCACACGGCAGUUGAGUUGACGCUUUUGAUCGCUUCCGUCUCUCCCACCAAUAUUUGGCGAAGCAUAUUCUUGACAGGAAAGCCUCCCAUUCAACAAAGAUGAGGAGGAGUGGCGGCCGUGCAAUAGGCGGCCAGCCCUUGGGCAACCUGACCCA